AGUGGAUCAUGUCAUGUAAUACAAAUAUUUCUCUUUUUGUUUUCUCCAGAUGUCAUCAAAGUGUAACUCUGUGACCACAUGUGUGUGGAUGCUUCACUCUUUCUUUUUUGUGUUUAUAGCUGGACAUGCAUUAUUUAACGGCACCUCAGUUCAGACUGUUCAUCGAGGAAUGUCAGUCAAUAUCAGCUGUAACUACAAACCAGCAACUGACAGUGAUGACAUAGUGGAACUGAUAACUAAUGAAACUGUGCAAAUGGCAUUUGAGAUAUCAAAUCUGCAGAUAAAUGAUUCUGGCACUUACAAAUGUGUUGUGACAAGAUCUAUACCCCCUCCUCCUGUGCUUUUGAGAGAAGAAAGAACAUUUGUUCAAGUGAUUGCACGCCCCGUUGUGUCUGUGUCACAUAUAAGUGCAUUGGGUGGAUUUCACAUGAUCCUGUGCAGCUCUGAGGGGUUUUACCCUUCUGCUCUAGAGCAGCUGUGGAUGAGAAAUGGAGAAUUUCAGAACGCCUCUCUCACACACAGCAUUAACAAAACCAACCCAGAUGGAUCAUUCACCCUCCAUUCAUACCUGAAUAUAUCUGACUGUGUAAACUACUCGUGUUGGGUAAACCACUCAUCCCUGAGCCAACCAACAAUACUCCACAUGUCUCCUGAU